AGCUUGCAUAGCACAAAAGAAGCAUCGCUCGUUAUCCCCGUCUCCACGAGGAAACGUGGCUGUGCAAUGCCUGCCGAAAAUAAUGUUCAGGUUUGUGCCCGACCAUGUUGGCGGCGUAGGAACCAAACGCAAAUCUGCACGAAAGUCAUGUGAAUCCUGCAAAAAGCGUCACAAACGGUGCUCGCACGUGAAUCAGCCCAGCUCGGCUCAGUCUCAGACCACUCCCUCUCCAGCGGGAUACUCUGGCCUCUCUCGGGAGAGGCAGACGCCGGAGAGCCAGUCCCUUGAUGACUCGCGAGCCAGCGUGGCCACUGCGCAGAGAGCAGAGGAUGAGACCAGCACACGUUUGAAGGCGGCAACCAAUCCGCGACCCGAUGGUGCAGUAGCAGGCCAACCGCCUUUGAUCUCCGAAGGCGCAUAUCUACGCUUCGUCGGCGACCUGAGCCCGGAAGCCUCCUUCCUUGCCAACCGCGACAAGGGCCCCGGCAACCACAGGGCCCCAUCGAGACGCGACAAUAUUGGCGUAUGGCUCGGACAGAAACCUGACGACCAGGGCCGCCAGACAGAGGACCAAGAUGCCGAGGUCAUCACGGUGCAGCCCUCCGGAGGCACCCCGUUCCAGCUGUCGGGCUUGGCGAGUCUGAAAGCGCUGGCACCCUACCUGCGUAGAGAAUGCAUGUCGGUGCUGCCUCCUGACUACGAGUUCGGGCGCAUAUCCGAGCUGUUCUACGCCAAGAUCGAUCCCCUCUUCCCCAUUCUGCACGGCGAGGUGCUCGAGAGCCACGACCCCCUCGAUGCUGUUGCGCUGAAGCAGUGUAUCUGCCUGCUGGCUGCGGCGGAUCCCUCGCUCAGGAGCUACCUACGGCUGCCGCCGCACACCGAGUGUGUUCUGUCCCAGAUUGAGUUUCGAAAAUGCAUCGCCGAGGCCCUGAAGCAAUCGCUGGACAUGGGUUUCAUCCGCGACAAGGUGGUCUUGCUUCAAGUCUCGGCGCUGAUGGCAUUCUACGUCGACGACAGGCCGAGCUCCAGCGAGGUAUCCGCAUACUUUGCCGCGCAGGCCGUUCAGCUCGCGCAGACUCUCGGCCUCCAUCUCGGUUGGCCCGGCGGCGGAUUGAGGACGGAGAAGUCCAGGCGCAUCUUCUGGUGCGUAUGGGUCCUUGACCGGCUGGAUGCCGCCAUAAAUGGCCGACCAAUCCUGAUCCACCGUCAAGACAUGGACGAGAGGGUUUUGGAGUCGGUUCCCGAGCAAAUCCCGUCAUUUCGGCUGUUCAUUCGCAUUGCCAGGUUCCUCGACGAUGUCAUAUCGCAGUACCGCCCCAAUGCGACGCCGGAGAGCCGGGGAAUCGCCGAGGCAACACCCAGUUUUGAGGAUCUUGUAGCCGAGACAAGCUCAGCAGAUAUCGGGAAUGCAUUACUCGCAUCCCUAGAGCUGUCCUAUCUAGCAGUAGUGAUACUACAAAGCAGACCCAGGAAACACGAGCGAAACAACGAGCGUGUUGCAAGCUCGAGCAUGCAGUCGUUUUGCGCGGCGAGCAUAGUCUCCCUAGCCUCGGAAGAGCUCAAGUUCUCCAUCACCUACUGGGCCGUCGUCCCCUAUGCGGUCUCGCUGGCCACAUCGAUUGCAUACCAGAGCCUCCGCAACAGCAGCAUACCAUACAAGCGGAAACGAGCCUACACCCUUUUCCACAGCGGCUGCGAUGUCUUGGACGAGCUCAGCAAAUCAUUCCCCUCGGCACGCACCAUGGCCCGACUGGCCAAGGACACAUUGCAGGAAGUGGAACGAGUCUCUGUGAACAGGAACAAGGCCAAGCCCCGUGAGGAACGACAGGGCAACAAGCCGCCCGAGAACAGCCACUCAGCACCACAUGCGCCGCCGGGGAUGGAGCAGAGCAAUCUAUUAUCUGAUGUGUCACGCCUGGGGCCACCCGAUCGGCCGGCGACACCGCCGCCAGUUGGGGUCAGCAACGCCUACUCUACACUCGACACUGCGUCGUCCAUGCCUCUAGACCCAAACACCAUCAAUGACUUCGCCGACGUUGCAGGAAUAUUCGACCACUUCGACCCGAGUUUCGAACUCGGCCGAGUCGAUGCGCUCUUCUCGGCGAAUCUGGACCCGACCAUGCCACUUUUUCUCCCCGAUGAGUGGACAGAGUGGACAGACAAUAAUAAUAACCAAUUGAGCCGAUCAAGCUAGAUGAACCCACCCUCGAGAUGGACUUGCACAAUCACAAUCAUCACCACUCUGUUCAGCCGUUUCAAAGCGACUCAUUCUGGAGUAACGGUGCCCGUUCGGCCGCAUCCUGCACCCGCUCUUGCCCCCCUCCGUCCUGUUCGGAUCCAGCCGGUCGACUGAGGUAGCCUGCGUAGACGACGGUGGGAUAAAAGAGAAGACUGCAUGGCGGAACAGUCAGAUG